AUGUCCGACGGCACGGUGCUCAAGGCCGAAAAGGACUUCACCAAAGAGGUAGACAAGGCGAUCCCGGAAGCAGAGAAGCUCGCACAGGAUGGGCAAACACAGCCCGCGAUAGAAAAGCUGCUCGCGCUGGAGAAGCAGACCCGGCAAGCCUCCGACCUCCCCUCCACAUCACGCUUGGUGGUCAGCAUCGUGACGAUAUGCAAGAACGCGGGAGACUGGAACCUGCUCAAUGAACAGGUGCAGCUGUUGAGCAAGAAGCAUGGCCAGCUCAAACAGGCCAUCACCAAGAUGGUCCAGGUGGUCAUGGAGUUCCUGGAUGCCGCGCCGAGCUUGGAGGUCAAGCUGAGCGUCAUCGAGACCUUGCGGACGGUGACUGAGGGCAAGAUCUUCGUCGAAGUCGAGCGCGCACGAGUCACCAAAAUCCUCUCCGACAUCAAGCGCUCCCAAGGCGACGUCUCUGCCGCCGCCGACAUCCUGUGCGAGCUGCAGGUGGAGACGUUCGGCUCCAUGACACGGCGCGAGAAGACGGAGUUUAUCCUCGAGCAGGUUGCAUUGUGCAUCGAGAACAACGAUUGGACGCAAGCUGGAAUCCUCGCCCGGAAGAUCAGCACACGGUACUUCGCGCGGAGACCCAAGAAGACGGCGGAAGAGGUCGAGAAGGCACGCAAGGAGAAGGAAGAGCGGGAGCGAAUGCGAUCGGAUGGCACAGUGGGCGACGUCGAAGAGCCGAUCGACGACGACGUCACGGAUCUCAAGCUGCGCUUUUACGAGCAGCAGAUCACGCUCGCCAAGCACGACGACAAAUAUCUGGAGGCGUGCAAACACUACCGCCAGGUCUUGGACACCGAGGCCGUGGAGAACAACCCCGAUCAGCUGAAGGCGGCGCUGCAACGCGUUAUCUACUUCGUCCUUCUCGCGCCCUACGACAACGAACAAUCCGACCUCCUCCACCGCAUAGCGCAAGACACCCGCAUCGCGACCUCAUGCCCGACGGAGGCGCAACUCAUCAAACUCUUCACCGUGCCGGAGCUCAUGCGCUGGCCCUCCAUCGACGCCAACUUCGGCCCGCACCUCACGAGUACCGACAUCUUCUCGGCGCAAGAGAGCGCGAAAGACCCCAAGGCGCACCAGCGCUGGCUGGAUUUCCGGAAGCGGGUGAUCGAGCACAAUGUGCGCGUGGUGGCCAAGUACUACACGCGCAUCCACUUCUCCCGGCUGACCUCGCUCCUCGACCUGCCGGCGCAGGAGACGGAGAAGUACAUCUCCGACCUGGUGACGUCCAAGACCAUCUACGCGCGCAUCGAUCGGCCGGCGCAGAUCGUGAAUUUCGAGAAGAAGCGCGACGCGGAUGAGGUGUUGAAUGAAUGGUCGGGCAACAUGAAGUCGCUGCUGGGCCUGCUGGAGCGCAUCGACCAUCUGAUCACGAAGGAGGAGAUGAUGGCGAGGAUUGCGCCGGUGGAGAAGCCCAGCCUGAAGCAGAGCAUCAACGCGAACUAG